UUAUUUUAAUUUUUUGUUUUUAAAUUAUUAAAUCAUCGUUUUUAAUUCCUUUAAGAAUCAAAUACGUAUUUUUAUUCUUUAAAAAUAUGGCAUCAAAUAAUGAAAAUUUAGACAAAUCUUUGGACAAUUCAAAUUCAGAAUCGAUUGGUAAAACUCAAAAUGAACAAAAUUUUACUGACAAUAAACAUUCGAAUGUUGAAAGAUCAUCAUCAUCAUCGUCUCAACAACAACAACAUACGGACAAAAAGAAACGUUUAUUCUCUAAAGAACUUCGUUGUAUGAUGUAUGGAUUUGGUGAUGAUCAAAAUCCUUAUACCGAAACGGUCGAUAUGCUUGAGGAUCUUGUCAUUUCAUUCAUUGGACAUAUUGCACUUGAAGCAUUAGAAAUUGGCCGUACUGGUCGUGUUACUGUUGAAGAUGUAAUGUAUCUUGUACGACGUGAUCAACGGAAAUAUGCUCGUGUUAAGGAUUUAUUAUCAAUGAAUGAAGAAUUGAAACGUGCACGAAAAGCAUUCGAUGAAGUUGAAUAUGUUCAAAAAAAGAAAAAAUUAUCAAAUAAAAUGAAUACUUCUGGAACUAGCAGCAACAACAGCAGCAGUAAUAACACUUUCAAAUCUUUAGGACCAUUGAAUACAACUUGUGGUCAGAAUUCGGAUAAAUUAAUUUGAUAAAAUAAAUGAUGUGUGUGUGUGUAAAUUAUAAACUUUGAUUUUAAUCAAUUUUGUACAAAGAAAAUUUUAGCUUUGAAAAUUUUAUCGAUUAAAUACAAAACAAGAAAAUAUUUUUGUUUUCUUCUCAUUUUAGUAAAAUAAAACCAUUGCGGCCAUAAUCAAACAA